AUGACUGGUGACCAGAUUGACGACUGGUCAUUUGUUCUGCAGUCUGUCACUGACCUGCCGGCUGCAUCUACUGAUGCCUUGGUUAUUGUGGAUGUCGAGAUCCACUUUCACCCCGGUCCUGGAGCUCUUUUACCUCUUCCUGCGUCCACGAGGCGAGUGGUUCGAGUUCCGCUACACAUCACAAGGUCUGCAGUUCUUGGGUAUGCUGGUGUGCAGAACUACUGCACUUCCCAACUGGACCGGUGCUUGGUACAGGUCAAUGGCUAUGGUUGGCCAAUGCUUCAUCCUGGUCCGCGCACUAUGCGCCACGGCACCUACCUUCGGGUUGUUGUGCCACCACCUUUGGAUGGUACCAAUACCCGAAGCCAACAAAACUUCCUUGGACUGGUGGGCCCUCGGCGCCACGGUCCCCAGCUCCUGUUCGAAGAACACAACACCCUGAGCGACAAGUCGACCGAGUGGACGGAGAGUCUCUCCAGUGAGUUGGGCUGUACCGGCGUCGAUGAUGGCACCUUCUGGAUGGACUACACCCAUUUUCUCAUGGCCUUUCAGGUGGUGGAUGUUUGUCUGGCCCACCGCGGCUGGCACGCGGCCAGCUUCGGCAACGCCUUCUGCGCCAAGAGCUCCGGCAGCCGCCUGUGCAAGAACAUCUACGAAUUGCGCUGCGACCGGCCCACGACUUUGUACGCCAUGGCGUUGCAACCGACCAAGAGAGGUGCAUGGUGUCGUGAGGACCGCAAGAAGAGUUACAAACCAGGUGACAUCAGUUUGCUGGUGCUACGACUCAGUCUGAGAGCUCAGAGCCGGAUCCCGGAUCUGGAACUGUUGCUGUUCCUGGGCCACCGACGUGAAAGCCCCGCCGACGCCAUGCUGAGCUGCGAGGCGAAUUCGAAGGAUUCGAAGGCUUGCAAGCCUCAGGAGCACGUGCUGCUCCAGCAUGGGAAAGCGUCCUUGAAUCGCGGCGCGAACACCGGCAAAAAGGUAGGCUUGCGGCGAAACAACUCCAACUUGGAGCUUCCGGACACCAUCUUUUUUGACGCAGUGCUGCGAGACUUUAAGGCGGAUCAUCCGGAUUUUGAGUCCAUGGAUGGACACACGGAAGGCUUGGUCGAGUCAACUCUGGGAGCCGACAAGAAACCAGUCUACAAGGGCGGUCCACAGCUGUCCAAUAAGUCCAACUUCGAUCAAUGGUUCAACGAUGUGCCUGGCGUCAAUCGACGAGUGGAUUUUAAGAUGGAUCUCCAGAAGACGGAAGAGGGCACCUAUGUCCACGACAACGCCACCUUCUUCCCUGUGGAUGACAAGGGCUGGCAGGACACGGCCAUCGCUUUAGACGGCCUAGCACACAACUUCUACUUCACACUGGAGCUGCAUACCACCUUCGUCUACAAGAGCGGGGACGAGUUUACGUUCAGAGGUGAUGAUGAUGUGUGGGUCUUCAUGAACGACCAGUUGGUGAUCGAUCUGGGAGGAGUGCACAAUCCGAUGGAAAAGACCUUUCAAGUUGAUAGUCUCAACGUCUCUCAGGGCAGCGCCGUCACGUUGAGCUUCUUCUUCGCCGAGCGCCGCUGCUGCGGCUCUGAAUUCCGUUUGGAGACGAGCAUCGUGCCGGUGAAGGGUGCUUGCACCAUUUGGGGCGACCCACACAUCAACACCUUCGACAGCGGCCUAUUUGGUGCUGAGAACGCCGUGCCGGUGUCCAUUUUGACCAGUGGCGACUACUGGUUGGUGAAAAAUCAGGAUAUCAAGAUCCAGGGCCGCUACGGCACCACGCAGUUUACGGUGGAUGGGCAAUCGGCCUUGCUGGAACUGGCCAUCAGUGGGCCCUUCAUCAACAAUGACACCAUCGUCAUUCAGCCCAUGAGUGGCGCCGUGACCUGGAACAAGCAGCAGAUUUUGUCGUCGAUUCCUUCGGAGUUUGCGCGGCCCUACGCGCGGCUGCGCUUCACGGAGGGCGAGAAACACAUCGACAGCGUCCUGUCAGGUUAUCCUGUGAAACUGCUGCGCGGAUUUAUGGUCCGAAAUGUGGAGUUGAUAGUGAACCGCUGGCCAGAGCAUAUUGAUGCGAUCAUCAAGAUGCCCCAGCAACUGAAUGGUCAGGACGGACAUUGUGGAAACUUCAACUUCGACCCUUCAGAUGAUACCAAGGAGCAGAUCCUUGAGCGAGGUCUUGGCAGUGAUGUGCCACAGACCGAAAAUAUCUUUCCAGACAAGGGUCCACCUGCGCAACCCAGCGUGACGGCAGAAAAGACCUUGGCAGACUGUGACAACAAGGUCCAAGCAAAGGCAAAGGCCACGUGCGAAGCGAUGAUGAGUGCAGAGGGUGAUGCUAGUGAUCCUGAGACCUUAGACACCUGCAUGUUCGACUAUUGCUUCGCGGGGCGCGACUUUGCUGCGGAAGACGCCAUCGUGAUCCAUGAAGAUGAGGAGGCUGCGGCCGCGAGGCCUGAUGGAAGAGCCAUCAGGCCAUCUUUGCCAAUGAAUUUGCCAAAACCGUCCACCAGGUGUGUAAGGAAAAUUCUGCGGGACCUGUGGGGCGUGCCUUAUCGCGCCUUGUGCCCAUGGGGGCAGCACGGUCCAGAAGGAAACUUCGAAGAGGUGGUGGGCGGCAACUUCUUCUGCGCCGACAUCAUGGCUCGACGCUGCGUGGAGGCCAAGCUGGAGGCGAAGAAACGCUACUUGCUCGUCCCCUUCUCCUUCGGCGCUGGACCGAUGGCUCACAAUGGUGAGGCGCGUAGCGUCGCGCCUUUCCAGAUGCGGCUCUUCGCAUCACAGCCUCUGGGACUUCGCGUCGUCGAGUCCGAGAGGCAUCCGCUGGUGGCUGCGGCGUUGUCUGGAUUGCAUGCCGCGCCCUUAACCUUGCGCAGUGCCCCUGGCCGGCGCUUCCGCCGGUUAUACCGUCCCUUGGGCAGGGAGGGCCUUUGCCUUUUCCAGGUCACGGGUGAAGGUGCCGUCCUCUUGCUUGUGGCCAACGCUUCCUCAGAGGAAGCCACUCUGCGAAUAUGCGCAGAGGUGAAAGUGAUGACUGCUCGGUCUUCUGAAGGUCUGCUUGUGGCAUCCGCCAAGGAAGAGAAACCUUCUGAGGCCACCUGUUUCAACUGUGGAAAACUGGGCCAUUGCGCGCAGGAUUGUCCGACUCCAAAGCGUGGUCUUCGGACGCCCUGGCGCUAUCCAGCCAAGUGGCGACGGGUUCAGAGCAUCUGCCGAGUUCCAGCCAACACGCAGCGUUUCUGCAUGGCGCUGGUUGGCAACGGGAUGCAAGCGGAGAUUGGCGGUGUGGAGGCUGGGAGGACUGCGUGCAAGUCAUCCGCCGUGUCUAAUCUAGCCAUGUUGCUGGCCGCGUUGGCUGCGUUGGCCGCGUUGGCCCCUCUUGGGGCGGCCCUGACGUACCGCGGAGGUAGCAAUUUCUCCGCAGCCGCAGGUACUGGAUUGAGGAGACCCGAAUGCACCUGUGAGGCAAACAAUGCGAAUUGGAAGAGACCCAAAAGGACGGAGCCCAAGUGUGUCUUCAUCGAUCUGGGCGCCGCGGACGGCAACACCUUCGACAGUUUCUUGGCCAACGGCUAUGGCCCUGUGAAGAACUGCCCGCAUGGACAGUGGCAAGCCAUCUUGGUCGAGGCAAAUCCAAUGUUCACAGAGAAGCUGCAAGCGCUGCAGGAGAACUUGCCUGAAAAGGUUCAGUCUUUGGCAGGAUGGCUACAUAUUGACAAUGACCGAUUCUAUGGAUUUGUUGUGGACCCGGAUUCAGUGCACAACUAUUGGGGCUCGAGCCUUGUGGAGAAUGUGGGGCUUCGGAAGGUGACAGUUCCCACCAUCAACGUCAACAAGCUGCUGCUGGAGAGCGUGAUCCCUGAAGAUUGGGUCAUGUUGAAGAUCGACAUCGAGGGGGCAGAGUAUGACGUGAUGCCCUGCCUAGCAGAGUUUAAGGAGGCAGAGCUAGUGGAUGAGAUCUUUUUAGAAGAGCACUGGUGGUUCCCUGAUCGAACCCGAGAGCAGAACGCCACGAUGGUCAUGGCCAAGGAGAAGUUGCGAUCCAGGAAUGUCCGCAUUCCAGCGUAUUUCAGCAACUCGUGA